ACCGCCGACAAAUUUGCGCUGCAUCGAAACGGGACAGAACGGAAUUUAAAGACUCGAAAGCAGCUGGAGAAAAUACAAGAUACUGAUCCCCGAAAUUACUGGCAACCGCGAACAGCGCCGUGUGUGUGUGUGUGCGUGCGCGCGAGAGCGAGAGAAUUAAGUGAACGAAACAGAACGAGCACACAAAUUACACAAGUUGUAAAAGAAAAGCUGAGAAAAAAGUUGGCCCAGACCGAAUAUUGAUUUUUUCAUAGACAGUGCAGUUAGAAGGAACGGUAUCUUUUUUGAUAACUGAAAAGACAGGCGAGAGGGAAAAGCGGUUGUAGUUUUUAUCUCGUUUUUGAGGCCCGCAGAAGAAGAAGAGAAGAAAAAGAACGGAAAGCGUCAGCAUUGUUAAUACAAAAACCAACAAAAAAAAACACGCACCCACACACCGACACUUGCAUGCACAGUGGAAGAUUCAGUUUAUACUAUCAGAGAAACCAAAGUAAAGGCAGGCUAAGUACCCAAAUUCGAAAUUCAAGCAAAGUCGAAUAACUCAAUAAUAGCCGAUAAAUAAGAAAAGAGAGCUAGGAAGAAAGCAUGCCACAGUCAGAGGGCGGCUAUGUAUCGCUGCCGGCCGUCAAUGGCAAUGGCGGUGCCAUCUAUCAGUCGACCACAGAGCCCACGGCCCCGCCCUCCGUCUUCGAGAGCGUGAAGCGGGCUAUUGGCCAGGCCAUCAAGUCCUCGCCCACCGACAGCGAGGAGCUGCUCCGCUCGGAGCGCCUGCCGGUCAUCGUCGGCAGCUCCAGAAUCUCUUUCAGAGACCGCGACAAAUCCGGUAAGACACUGACCACCAAGAUGCCGUCAGCUCCAACACACACUGCCGAGGAGGCACACCUGCUGGGCACAAUGCCCGUUGAUCCCAUGGAUGACAUCGAACUGCGCUCCGUGCAGCUGCAAUUCCCCAAUGCCCGCGGCUCCAUCCUGGAGGCCUGCGAACAGCGACGCGUGCCCACGGACAAGGGCGAUGUCCAUGUGGCCAUACAGGGCGAUACGGCCAAGCCGGCCAUCGUCACCUACCACGAUUUGGGACUCAACUACGCCACCAGCUUUGCUGGAUUCUUCAACUUUCCAGUGAUGCGAGGUUUGCUGGAGAACUUCUGUGUUUACCAUGUGACGGCUCCUGGCCAGGAGGAGGGUGCCCCCACUUUGCCAGAGGACUACGUGUAUCCGACCAUGGAUGAUCUGGCCGCACAGCUGCUGUUCGUGCUCUCCCACUUUGGCCUGAAGUCGGUGAUUGGAUUCGGCGUUGGUGCCGGAGCAAAUAUUCUGGCCCGUUUCGCCCACGCCCAUCCGGACAAGGUGGGUGCUCUGUGCCUGAUCAACUGCGUCUCCACGCAGUCGGGCUGGAUCGAGUGGGGCUACCAGAGCUUCAAUGCCCGUUUCUUGCGCACCAAGGGCAUGACACAGGGCGUUAUCGAUUACCUGAUGUGGCACCAUUUCGGACGCAAUCCGGAGGAGCGCAAUCACGACCUGGUGCAGAUGUAUAAGCAGCACUUUGAGCGAGGCGUUAACCCGACCAAUCUGGCCAUGCUGAUCAACGCGUACAUCCAUCGCAACGACCUGCAUCUGGCGCGCACUCCGCCAGGAACUCCGGGCACCGAGACGGCGGCCACCACGCUGAAGAUGCCGGUGAUCAAUAUCACGGGCUCGCUAUCGCCACACGUAGACGAUACGGUGACCUUCAACGGCCGCCUGGACCCCACAAACUCAUCCUGGAUGAAGAUUUCCGAUUGCGCUUUGGUGCUGGAGGAGCAGCCGGCCAAAUUGGCCGAGGCCUUCCGGCUCUUCUUGCAGGGCGAGGGCUACGUGUCCGAGAAACCUCAGUAGGAAGAUCUGCCACCCGAAGCACGCAAGCAGUAAAAUACCCAACAAAAAUUGCAAAAAAACAACCCGAAAUCUAGUUGGAAUGCAUUUAGCUAAUUAAAUAAUACAAUAAUUCAAACUUAACAUUCGUAUAUACAGAUAUAUAGGCAAAGUAGAGCUUAAAACUACACAGAAACACACACACACAGCUAGUGGAUGGAAUUUGAUAUUUUAAGGUGUUUUAUGGGUAGAUAAUAAUAUAUACCAACUACUUUCCAUUCUUAUUCUGAGUCAUAAAAUGAUUUAUUAUUUAAAUAUUCUCAAGAUACUUUGUUGAUAAUUUCCAACGACCCCGAACACCUUAGGAUUCAAAGAGCUGAGUAGUGCAAUGACUAACACUCGCCUGCUUACACGUAGAUUUGCUUCUCGAGUACAGUGCGACCUCGGUUCUGGGCUAUGAUGCGCUUUCGCUUUUCCAACAGCGCUCUUUGAUUUUCUCCUCCUUUCAAAACACUCUUGCACACGCCUUUUGUUUAGAAUAACUCUUUAAUUUAUUUGACCUUUCAUUUGUUUUAUUUAUUUACACGCAAAUUCAAAACAAAAUAUACAACAUCAACAACAACAACAACGAAAACGAAAACUAUUACCACAACAACCACAAACAAUUGAACAAUUUUGAAAAACCCCCAAAAGCUGUUGGCACAUUGCAAAAGCUGGCGCGCAAAAUCUCAACGGUCAGUCGGAGCAGUUCCACGCAAAUUGAGCUCACUGUGCAGUGAAGGGCGGCGGCAGAGCGGCAUGAAGAGCGAAUGGAGAGAGCAACAGCAACAGCAGCGGCAGCGGCAGCGCUAAAAGCAGCAGUAGCGGCGGCACAGCCCCCUAAAUUUAGGGGGGCAGAGUGAGAGGAGCAAUUGGAUAAUCACCCACGAUACCCAUAACAAAAAUGAAUGAAUACAAUAUUUACUCGAAAAAAAUGGUUCACAGCUUUGCUUUUAAGGGCAAAAUAAUCACGCUUCGGUUUCUCCUCUUCUGUGAUUUCCUUUGAAAUUUUUUUUGUUGCUCUUUUGUUUAUGUUUAAUCAGUUUUUGUAAUUAAUACGAUUUUUAGUUAGUAAGCUAAUGAGUGGAAAGCAGCUAAAGAUUUAGUUUCCAUUUCGUUUGUUGUCUACAUAAAUAAAUGCAUUGCUUGCAUUAUGUACUCUACAUAAUUUUACCUUUCGUUGUGUCACCCUUUUCUCCACAUGCCUUAAAAGACGGGCUGCUUUCACCACCCAAAACACAGCUUAAAUGUACGGAAGCAAUAAGUUUAUACACACUAUACAAAUAUACAUACAUGACAACGCUAUUAUAUACAAAUUACAUACACUAACCAUAACGCAAGUCGAGAAAAACGAUAAAAACGAAACGAAAAUUGAAAGUGUAAGCUUUUGUUGUAUAUUUGAGAAUUCCAAAAUAAACGAACAACGUAAAUUUCGAACUGUAA